CCUCAAAGCUCAUCAGUGGGAGACCAUGUUGGAAAGGGAGGUUGAUGACGUAGUUGUGUGAAAGAAAGGAGGCGCCCUGUGUUGUUGUGUACAUUCAAUCUCAAUCAAAAGCGUCUAAUUAAGUGUAAAAUGGCGGAUGUAGAAUGCCGAACGGAAAGGAGAAAUCGACCUGGAACAAAAACAAUUGAGUAUUACCGCUGGCCCGAAGAAAUGUUCGAAGAAAUGGAUAGUACGUUAGCGGUGCAGCAGUAUAUUCAACAACUCAUUCGUAAAGAUUUCACUGCCAUAGAUGAAAUUCUAAAAGCCCCAGAUUCUCAAGAUGAAGGUGUAUGGAAAUAUGAACAUCUGAGACAAUUUUGCAUGGAACUGAAUGGUAUAGCAGUAAAGCUGCAAAAUGAGUGUCACCCUGAAUCUUGUACACAAAUGACAGCAACAGAUCAAUGGAUAUUUUUGUGUGCUGCACAUAAAACUCCGAAAGAAUGUCCUGCUAUUGAUUAUACCAGACAUACCUUAGAUGGUGCUGCUUGUCUUUUAAACAGUAAUAAGUAUUUUCCAAGUCGCAUAAGUAUUAAAGAAUCUUCUGUGGCCAAGCUAGGAUCGGUGUGUCGGCGAGUUUAUAGAAUAUUUUCUCAUGCCUAUUUUCAUCAUAGGAAUCUCUUCGAUGAAUUUGAGAAUGAAACUUUCCUUUGUCGCCGCUUUACGGAAUUUGUUACCAAGUACAACUUAAUGUCUAAAGAAAUAUUGAUUGUACCAAUUUUUGAAGAAACUGAAACUGGCAAUUUUAUUGGCCAUUCUGCUGAGUCAGAGGCAUAAUCAGUCAUUUAUUACAACUUUAAUGUGUGCUUGAUGUUAUUGCAGUUUAACAACUUUGUUCAUCCCCUCUAGGAACACUCAUCAUAUUUCAUGUCUUCAAUAAAUUUUCAUUUGGUUCCAAAA